CGCUGUUUGGUUCCUUAGAAAACUAAAAUUAAUGUGGGAAACCAACAAAAUUACUGGUUGACCAGUCUGGUAUCAAAAAACAAUUUCGACACUCCUGAUUGACCAGUCUGCAGUGCACUCAAGCUCUGGCCUAUUUAAAGUAUUCAUAUGAACUUAAAACAAAUCAAAAACGGUUGAAGAGAUAUGGGGUGGAAAGGAAUUCUGGGUUUUGAGUAUGGAAUUGUUCAAGGACCUUUGGGACCGGAUAUUGCUGGUCCGGAGCUAGUUGCUGCUGUUGCAAACGCUGGUGGACUUGGCCUUCUUAGAACUCCUGAUUGGGAAUCACCAGAUUAUGUGAAGGAGUUGAUAAGGAAGACUCGGAAGUUAACCGACAAACCCUUUGGGGUUGGUGUUGUUCUGGCAUUUCCUCACAAAGAAAAUGUAAAGGCUAUACUAGAAGAGAAGGUAGCAGUGUUGCAACUGUAUUGGGGAGAAUGCUCAAAGGAGCUUGUCAUAGAAGCUCAUAAUGCUGGGGUCAAGGUUGUUCCCCAAGUUGGGAGUUUGGAGGAAGCAAAAAAAGCAAUUAAUGUGGGCGUAGAUGCAAUCAUUGUCCAAGGCCGUGAAGCAGGAGGGCAUGUAAUCGGACAGGAAGGUCUAAUUUCCUUGUUGCCACGAGUAGUCGAUCUUGUUGGUGAUCACGGUAUUCCUGUUAUUGCUGCUGGAGGCAUUGUAGAUGCUCGUGGUUAUGUUGCUGCUUUGGCUCUUGGUGCUAAAGGCAUUUGCAUGGGCACAAGGUUUCUGGCAACUCAUGAAAGCUAUGCGCACCCUACGUACAAGCGGAAACUGAUUGAAUACGAUAAAACCGAGUAUACAGAUGUCUUUGGCAGAGCAAGGUGGCCUGGUGCACCACACCGUGUCCUUCAAACACCCUUCUUCUGUGAUUGGAAAUGCCUUAAUGCUCAAGAAAAUGAAACUAAUCAGCCUAUCAUUGGUCGAACAAUAAUACACGGCGUGGAAAGAGAAAUUCGGCGUUUUGCCGGUACAGUUCCGAACCCAACAACAACAGGUGACAUUGAAAGCAUGGUGAUGUACGCAGGCCAAAGUGUAGGCCUCAUCAAGGAAAUUCUACCUGCCGGACAAGUUGUAAAGAAGCUGGUUGAAGCGGCUCAAUUUCUUAUCCGCCAAACAUUUAAUCCGGACUCGAUCUAAAAUUGAUUAUGUGAAUUUUAUACCUUAUUUGCUGAAGUUACACAGUUUUAAAAGCUAUUUCAUUAGUAUUCUAGUUUUACACAUAUGUAAUGUGAACUUUUAUCCGAUUUAAUAACACAAAAAAGCAAAUCUCCAUAGCAGAAA